UGGGUGGGCCGGACAUCCCAUGGCGACCAGGCCGCUCAGACCGCGAUGUCAGCUUCUGCACGCCUGACGGGCGGCUGCCGGAUGGCUCGAAGGGACAGGAUCACCUGCGUGGCAUCUUUUACAGAAUGGGCUUCGACGACCGCGAAAUCGUCGCUCUCUCCGGCGCCCACGCCCUCGGCCGCUGCCACACCGACCGCUCCGGCUUCGACGGGCCCUGGACCUUCUCCCCCAUCACGGUCACCAACGAUUACUACAAACUGCUCCUCGACGAAUCGUGGGAUUGGCGGAAGUGGAACGGACCGAGGCAGUAUCAGGACAAGACGAAGACGCUCAUGAUGUUGCCGACGGAUAUGGCGUUGAUAAAGGACGAGAGUUUCCGGUCGCAUGUGGAGAGGUACGCGAAGGAUCAGGAUGUCUUCUUUAAUGAGUUCGGGAGUGUGUUAUGUAAGCUGUUUGAGCUUGGUGUGCCGUUUGAGAGUGGAGAGGGGGACAGGAUGGUGUUGAGGAGGACGGACUGAGGUCCUAAAGUAAUGGGAGAUUUUGAGAUUUGUUUGUGUUCUGUGUUAACAUAGCAUCGGCGCUUGGCAUGGCGCAAUGGCGCAGGGUUGCCCGGUUUCGCGGAUUUGCGAGCAGCAGAUUGAGCGGCCUGAUGUGCUGACGCUUGGCCGAGUCGUGGAUGAAGGCUCGAUACUGCGCUCAACAAGCCGCUUCAGUACCGCUACACCCCUACUGCAGUAUCUUUCUGUGCUUUUCAACGUGAAUCCGGGUCUUACUGGCGCCACCACGUUGACGUCGCACUCGUAGGAUAUAUCCUCUCGAGCGCAUCGCACAGCUCACCCAUCGUGGCCCCGGAAGGAAGGAUAUGACACCCCUUCGUCUGUGACCCGUUGGAGGAUUCGUGCCACAGAAGAGACACCAGAAUAGCAACGUCUU